AGAUGAGCUAUUAUUGAAAGAUGGCGUUAACGUCUCAUGGAAUUAGCCUCUAAAAAGUUAUGAUCAUAGUAAAACUCGGAAGCGGUGCUGCUAUUUGAGGCAGCUUUGUUUAUAGCUCUACACUCAGAUUGCAGCCAUCUUGAGGUGUCCGGGGACAUAACCUUUAGGAGUUGACUGUGUAUUUCGAACUUUUUCCUCAAACAAAUAUGACACUUUUCCACAAAAUCGUGAGCCGGCUAGGUUAUCUGGCUCCAUCUAUUGCAGCACGUACCGUUGGAACAUCGGCAACUAACAACUUGGUCGCUUUCACGCCUGUGCACGAGCCAGUGUCUCGUCCACAGCAGAACAUCAAGUGUACCCUAAUUCCCGGUGAUGGCGUAGGACCCGAGUUGGCCGAGUGUGUUAAGGCUGUCUUUUCAGCUAUUUCGGUACCGAUUGAUUUUGAAGAAGUAUUCCUUUCUGAGAUUCAUCAUACGAUCUCGGCGCCCCUGGAGACGGCUAUUGAUAGCGUCAAAAAGAAUGGCAUCUGCCUUAAAGGGACCCUCGAAACUCCCCUCAAUUCUCUAACCGGCGAACUCCAAGCCUGGAACAUGAAAAUUAGAAAGGAUUUGGACCUAUUUGCGAACGUGGUGCACAUCAAGUCGAUGCAGGGAAUAAAGGCAAAGCACAACAACCUAGACUUUUUCGUCAUUCGCGAGCAGACUGAAGGAGAAUACUCUGCUUUGGAACACGCGAGUGUGAAGGGUGUCAUCGAGUGUCUGAAAAUCGUUACCGAGGAGAAGUCCCGCCGAAUCGCCAAAUUCGCCUUUGAUUAUGCGACGAAACACGACCGCAAGAAGGUAACAGCCGUCCAUAAAGCCAACAUUAUGAAGCUCGGUGACGGAUUGUUUCUUCGUUGUUGCACCGAAAUCUCCCAGCUUUACCCGAACAUCAAGUUUGAACACAUGAUCGUGGAUAACACGUGUAUGCAGCUGGUAUCAAAUCCCCACCAAUUUGACGUUAUCGUAACUGGCAAUUUAUAUGGGAAUAUUGUCGACAAUCUCGCAUCGGGUCUCGUUGGAGGUGCAGGGGUUGUGCCAGGCGCUUCAUAUUCAGAGGAUUGCGUUGUCUACGAGCCCGGUAGUCGACACACGUUCGGAGGCGGUGCCGGCAAGAACGUCGCUAACCCAACAGCCAUGCUGUUGUGUGCUGCUAAAAUGCUGCAUCACGUUAACCUCCAUUAUUAUGCUAUUCAGAUUCGCGAUGCUGUCGAAAAGGUAAUCAAAGGUGGAAAGGUGCGAACUCGCGAUCUGGGUGGCUACGCAAGUACUACGGAUUUUUUGGGAGCUGUGAUCUCCCAGCUGCCUCAUUGAGCUGAUCCAGCUGGCAACUACUGCUGUAUGUUGUUUGAUCUUUGUCACCGUUAGUUGCUCGUGUUUCUCGUAACAAAGAGUCAGCAGAAAGUCACGUAUCUCUUAGUAAUGGAAUGGCUAUUGACGCAGCUAAUUACGGCAUUCGUCAGUUAAGUCUGAAUAAUAAUGAUGGCCCUGCACCAUCAGUCUGGCAUCAAUCGAGUUGGCAGAAACAAUGGCAACUACAGAACUCUGGUAACCACAACAAAACAUCUUAAAUGAAAUGUGGUGCGUAGCAAAAGUACGUCUUGAACGGUAAAGUGUAUCAAGGCCGUGCAAGCUAAAUGGUUAUUAAAAUGGUAGGAGAAGUUUUCACUAUAGGGAGCAGCAAAAUUAAACUGACAUUAAUAAAAUAAGCAGAAGAACCCUUGUUUUUACUUGAAAGGCUAGAAAUCGACCCUAACAGUGGUGAUGCUGAGUUUAGGUUUGUAUGUUAAAUUGUAACUUACUACUUCGGAGAAAGGAUAUGUGUGCAUGCGAUGCACGGUCGAUCUAUAAUAAAUAUUAUUAGUUAAUGUUAAAACUAUCUUCGCUUUCCACCCGGAAUAAACGAUCUAGACUAACAAAGAAAGUAAAGGAUGAAGGAGAAUACCGUGAACGGGAGGAACGAAACAAAGGAUUGCCUUCGUUAAGGAACGGAAAUAGAGCGGAGAAGAAAAGAAAACAAACGAGCUAGUCAGCAAAUACAAUAAAUUCUAACAAAUAAUGACACUAUA